AUUCAUCACAAUUAUUUUUUGUAAGAUUUGCUUGUCAGCUUGAACUGGAAAUAUGAAUUUUUGCAAAUAAAUAAAGUAUCAUGAAUGAAUUAGAAAUGUUUGAAUGAUUCUAAGUGAAUAGGAUUGUAAUAACGGUAGGUCAAAUUGAUUAAGAUGAUAACGUAGGAGUAAUUGUAUUAAGAGGCUCAAUUGAUUAAUUAUCUUUGAUUGCCAGUCGACAGAUAGUGAGAUUUUUGUAAAAAAUCCUGCUAUGUACCUUUUUGUUUAGUUUUUAAUUUCUUUCUCAAAACAUUACUUCACCGUAUCACCAAAGAUUUCACACGACAUUCUGCGCGUUCGAAGAACAAGAGUGGUGGUUUUAGCAUUCUCCACUUCGUUCAAGCAUCUCCUGCUUUCAUGUUGUUUCUUUGGCUCGUUCAAUCAUGCCCCAUGCUUGCCUGAGCAUAUUUCAAGCCUACUUUGAAUUCCCUUAGAGUCAGAGGCAAAUUUACUGUGAUGUCAGUGAGGUGUGAUGUCAUUGAAGUCAAUUGACAUCAAUUAAAUCCAAAAUAAAAUCAAUAAUUACUUGUAAAUAUAUCCUAUAUGAGUUAUUACAUUGCAUUCCACUGAUCUGAGUUGAAACCCAUCAUGCACCAUUUUUUUCUUUUUUCUUUUUUUUUUUUAAUUUUCCAUUUUGAAACCAAUGAAUACCCCCAUGGCCCAAACAUACUGCUACUGCCUGUCUGCCUCCCAAAAUUAAACAGAUCUGUGACAGAACCCCUCACACCUCAAUUGCCUGAACCUUGACGCCACUCCACUCGCCAGGCGCCACGUCGUCACCAGUGACCAGCCCACCACCGGCUCUCUUCUCCAUUAUUAGUCUAUUCCUCUUCUUCUCUAAGGUUAUUUGGCUGUGAAUUCUGAUUGAAUAUCUGAAAAAUGGAGUUUACAGAUGCUUAUAAGCAAACUGGUCCUUGCUGCUUUUCUCCCAAUGCUCGCUACCUCGCUGCUGCAGCUGAUUAUCGUCUGGUGAUUCGCGAUACUUUGUCAUUUAAGGUGGUACAGUUAUUUUCAUGCUUAGAUAAGAUAAGCUACAUUCAGUGGGCUCAUGAUUCUGAAUAUAUACUUUGUGGUCUCUAUAAGAGACCAAUUAUACAAGUAUGGUCUAUAGCUCAACCGGAGUGGACAUGUAAAAUAGAUGAAGGUCCUGCUGGUAUUGCUUAUGCUAGAUGGAGCCCUGAUAGUCGUCACAUACUUACUACUUCAGACUUUCAGUUAAGGCUGACAGUUUGGUCGCUGCUUAACACUGCUUGUGUACAUGUAAAAUGGCCAAAGCAUCCAGUUAAGGGGGUUUCAUUUACCCGAGAUGGAAAGUUUGCUGCAGUAUGCACAAGACGCGAUUGUAAGGACUACAUUAAUCUGCUGUCGAGUGAUUCAUGGGAGAUAAUGGGUGCUUUUGCUGUUGACACUUUGGAUCUGGCUGAUAUAGAGUGGUCACCUGAUGAUAGUGCUAUUGUUGUCUGGGAUUCAAUGCUAGAGUACAAGGUCUUGAUAUACACUCCUGAUGGACGGUGUCUAUUGAAGUAUCAAGCAUAUGAAAGUGGCUUGGGUGUAAAGAGUGUUUCUUGGUCUCCUUGUGGUCAAUUUCUUGCUAUUGGAAGUUAUGAUCAGAUGUUGCGCGUUAUAAAUCGUCUAACUUGGAAAGCUUUUGCUGAAUUUAUGCACUUACCCAAUGUUCGUGGUUCCUCUUAUGCAGUUGUCUUUAAGGAGGAAGAUGAGCAGCCUCAGCUUGAUAUUGCAGGGUUGUGUUUGAGUGAUGAUCCUUAUGACAACAAUUUCGAUAUUUCAGAAAGACAAGUUGGUGUUAGGUAUGAAGUGGCCGAAUUACCAAUUACUUUGCCAUUCCAGAAGCCUGCCAUGGAUAAACCCAACCCCAAGCAAGGCAUUGGUCUUAUGGCUUGGAGCAGCGAUAGCCAGUAUAUUUAUUCACGUGAUGAUACCAUGCCAACUACUCUAUGGAUAUGGGAUAUGCAGCGCCUUCAACUAGCUGCUAUAUUGCUGCAAAAGGACUCUAUCAAAGCUGCAUCUUGGAAUCCAACAUCUUGUCGCCUUGCUUUUUGCACAGGAAGCUCUCAUUUAUACAUCUGGACCCCCUCUGGUGCGUAUUGCGUAAACAUUCCCCUGCCACAUUUCACUAUAGUUGAUUUGAAGUGGAAUUCAGAUGGGACCUGUUUGCUUCUCAAAGAUAAAGAAUCGUUUUGUUGUGCUGCUGUGCCCACUUUGGAGGAAUCUAGUGAUUAUAGCUCAGAUGACUGAUUCAUUAUCUUGAUGAUUGGUUAAUGACUAAAAGAUGUUGGAAAAGUAGGAUUCUGUAAUUAAAGUGUCAGUCUAAAAGCUCUCAAGAUUCUCUCAGCUGUUGGUUGAGCUCAAGGUUUAAAUGUAAACUAUAUUUUGAUCAUGCAGUGCAUGUCCAUGUGUAUGCAAGAUUAGUUAACGGCGCAAUUGUCUUGUACUCGGCUUGGGUGAAGUGUUAAGGAGCUUAGAUGCUCAAGCAAAUGCUGGUGGUGUUUUCCAUGACGAGGAGUUUGCCGGGGUUUUAGUGAUGAAUUGACCUUUCUUGUUUGCGGUGACGAAGAUGGCAGUCUGUAAAAAUCUUGUUGCUAGUCUAAUUACUAUUCAAGAUGUGAUGCAUCUUUGGAUAAUUGUAUAAGAAACAAAUGUUGAAGCGCUUAACUUUGCUUAGUUUGUUUCUCAACAAUGAUAUUCAGUAAAUAGGAAACAACUAUCUCUUCUGUUUCAAAUUGUGUAAGCUUUGUCUAUUAUGUUGAUUUGCUAUGUUCCAAAAUGUGUAA